GGUGUCGUGCCAACGGCUCAGAGAGCCGCCAUCGUGGUCGGGGUGGAGCUGCCGGUCUACGACAUCACCAAGAAGCACUUAAUUCUGUCGGGCCUGAUGGGCGACACCAUCUUUGCCCACUUCGUUUCCAGUUUCACCUGCGGGCUGGCCGGGGCCAUCGCCUCCAACCCCGUGGACGUGGUGCGGACACGGAUGAUGAACCAGCGGGCGAUCGUGGGCAGCACGGAGCUCUACAAGGGCACUCUGGACGGGCUGGUGAAGACGUGGAAGAGCGAGGGCUUCUUUGCGCUCUACAAAGGCUUCUGGCCCAACUGGCUUCGGCUCGGUCCCUGGAACAUCAUCUUUUUUAUCACGUACGAGCAGCUGAAGCGGCUUCCCUUCUGA